AUGGAACAAAAUAAAGAUAAUACUGGCAAGCAAAAUGUUCCAGCGAAGAUCUACGAUGCAAGAACGCAAUCUAUGAAUUACAAUAAUUCUGGAAAUUAUUCGGAAAAUAAUCACAACCUUUUCCAAAUGAUAAAAUGCCACGAGGACAGCCUUUUAAGACUUCACCACUUGACAGCUGGCCGCCAAAUAAAUGGCACGUACGACCCGAACUAUCAAAAUGAUUUGUCUUGGUAUUCUAAAGACUUGCAACGACAGUAUAUUAAGCCUGUAGAUUAUAUAUCAUACGAAGAUGUGAGACGAAAAUACAAUGACACCAAAGGUGCGAAAGAGCAGGAAUUACACAAAGAGUCGGAAGAAGAAAAAGAUGGAAAAGCAGACGAGAGAAAGAAACCGAGGAGAAAUCGAACGACGUUCACUAGUCAACAAUUAGCUGCGUUAGAGAAGGUAUUUGAGAAGACUCAUUAUCCAGAUGCUUUUGUAAGAGAAGACUUGGCGGCUCGGGUGAAUUUAACUGAGGCGCGGGUUCAGGUAUGGUUUCAAAACAGGCGAGCUAAAUUUCGUCGAAACGAACGAUCGGCACUUUCUUCGCACCGCAGCACAAGCCAAAGUUCCCCGGAACCUAUACCGGUUCCAAUCGGAAUUUCACAUCAGACUGACCCUAGGCAAGACUUAACGCGAAACACCAAAGAGCCGUGGCUAAAUCACUUUCAUACUAAUAAUUUAAAUUUCAACCUCGGCUUACCCAUAACAAACUCAGGCCUAUAUCAAAAUGAUUACUCGUUGAUGAUGCAAAAUGUUAGCAAUCGACAGUACAUACCAAAUUCUAAUACAUUAAUGACACAAAAUGUAACAAGCUAUGGAGGACCUACGGAGAACAGUUACGGAUCUUGUGCUUUAAUAGGCGGAUAUACCAACCCAUUGCAACCAAGUCACCAUAGUUCGUACAAUUUGAAUUUAAGGUUAAGACCUCAUGAUUUUACUAUUAACAAUAUAACAUUAUGA